AUGGCCACAUCGGUGAAGAACAACAACUUCAUGAACCCUGCAUUGGUCUCAAAUCUCAAACAAGUAUUGAUCCGCAGGAACAGUGUUCAGGAGCAGCAUCAGAACAGAACCCAGGAACCCAUAAGAGCUUCUUCAAAGCCUGUUGUGCUGGUCACCAAUGGUGAAGGCAUAGAUUCUUCUGGCCUCAUUUUCCUCGUUGAGGCGCUCCUUCAAGAUGACCUUUUUGAUGUCCAUGUCUGUGCCCCACAAUCGGAUAGAUCGGUUUGUGGUCACUCAGUUACCACCAGAGAGACGCUAGCUGUGUAUUCAGCAGAAGUUGGUGGUACCACUGCUUAUCAAGUGUCAGGAACCCCAGCAGAUUGUGUCUCUUUGGCUUUAUCAGGGGCAUUGUUUUCUUGGUCAAAACCUGUUUUGGUAAUUAGUGGACUAAACAAAGGAGCAACUUGUGGUUAUGACACGUUGUACUCCGGAGCUGUUGCUGGAGCUAGAGAGGCACUGAUUUGUGGUGUGCCGUCUCUAUGUAUAUCAUUGAACUGGGAAAAGAAUGUGAGCUGUGAAAGAUAUUUGAAGGAUGCAGUUUUGGUAUGCUUACCAUUAAUUCAUGCAGCCAUAAGAGAUAUACAGAAAGGGAUUUUCCCCAAAAAUUGCUUCCUCAAUAUAGGUAUCCCAAGCUGUCCCCUGACAAAUAAGGGUGUUAAAGUGACAAGGCAAAGUCCAUGGAGGACUUCUUUAAGUUGGCAAGCUGUGUCAGCAAAUAGGAAUCCUUCAACUGGCCAUUACAUGUCUAACCAGCAAAGUCUUGGAGUCAUGUUAGCAAAACUUGGACGAGAUGCCUCUGCUGCAGGAGCAGCACGAAGCUUAAACUCAAACAGUAAGAACUUGGAGAUCGAAUCUGUUGGUGCUGCAGGAAAACUCAGUUCUCAACAAACCAUAAAGAAAUACUUCCGAAUGGAGUUAACAGAGAAAGGGCAGCAGAAUGUAGAGGAGGAUUUAGACUUCAGAGCACUUGAAGAAGGAUUUGUUACAGUUACCCCUUUAUCUUUGUACGCAAAUGGUCAGAAUGAAAUUCAAUCAUCAGUAUCCAGCUGGUUAACUAUUGCACUCAAUGGGGAUCAAUGA